GAGAGAGAGAGAGAGAGAGAGAGAGAGAGAGAGAGAGAUGUCUGGGUGAAUGUUGCUGAUAGCAGAGCUGAGUGAAAGGACCUCAGACGCAUUAGAAAACUGAGACAAGAAUGGACCAAUCAAAGCCACACGUAGAUGUGUUCCACUACAGGAACAAGGAACAGUCCUCCUACCUCCUACUGCAGCUGAACCGUCUGAGACAGAACAGGAUCCUUACCGACGUGCUACUCUGUUCAGAUAACUCAGAGAUCCCCUGUCACCGUAACAUCCUGGCCUCCAGCAGUCCUUACUUCACGGCCAUGUUCUGUCACCACUUCAGAGAGACGAACCAGGAGAAGGUGGAUCUGAAGGGGAUCACCUCCAGCAUCCUGAGUGACAUCGUCGACUACGUCUACACAGGGGUCAUAACCAUCACCAUGGAGAUAGUACUGCCCCUUAUGCAGGCUUCCUCCAUGCUCCAGUACACCAGGCUGUUCGAGGCCUGCUCCUCAUUCCUGCAGGAGCAGCUGAGCCCAGACAACUGCCUCAGCAUGAAGCGACUGGCAGAGAUAUUACACUGCAACAGCCUGAAGGAGAAGGCCAGGGAGAUGGCAGUACAGAGCUUCUCUGACGUCUCUACCUCUGAGGACCUGUGUGAGCUCUCCUUACCUGAGCUGAUGGGUUACCUGGAGGAUGACUGGCUCUGUGCUGAGGAGGAGCAGGUGUUCGAGACGUUACUGGCGUGGAUCCACCACGACCCGUUCUCCCGGCGCGGCGCCAUCUCCGACCUCUUCAGGAAGGUGCGUCUGCGCUACAUCCACCCCACCUACCUGUUCCAGUUCAUCGCCAGCGACCCCCUCGUCCAGUCCUCCACCCUGUGCACCGAGGUCAUCGAGUCCGUCCGACGCCUCAUGUUCUCCAUCACUACUAAGUGUGGGUCGGACCUCAAGCCCCUGUGGGUGACCCCGCGGCGGUUCACCUGCCGGGAGACCCUGGUUCUAGUUGGCGGCCGCAAAAACAACGAACAGACGUCCCGCGAAGCACUCCUGUUCGACGAGAGGACUCAGCGCUGGCAGUGGCUGGCCAAGCUGCCCUUGCGACUCUAUAAGGCCUCCUACGUCUGUAUCCACAGUAUCCUGUAUGUCCUGGGAGGCCUCACCAUGAACACCAAGCACAGAGUGGUUAGCACCACUGUCUAUACGUUAUCUUUAAAGAUCAACCAGUGGAGGACGACUGAGCCCAUGAUCCAGCCUCGCUUCUCCCACCAGUCUGUCUCCUACCUGCACUUUAUCUUCGUCCUGGGGGGCCUGGGGCCGGAGAAGCAGGUGUGUGACACGGUACAAAGGUACAAUAGUAUGUUCAACCAAUGGGAGGCUAUGGUUCCCAUGCCGACGGCUGUGCUACACCCGGCGGUUGCCGCUAACGAUCAAAGAAUCUACAUGUUCGGGGGAGACGACGCGAUGCAGAACCCUGUCAGGAUGAUACAGGUGUAUCACAUUGGCAGGAAUAUGUGGUCUAUGAUGGAGACCAGGACAGUGAAGAACGUUUCUGCACCAGCAGCUGUCAUCGAUGACAAGAUCUACAUUAUCGGAGGCUACACCAGAAGAAUGAUCGCGUACGACACCAAAGCCAACCGCUUUACGAAGUGUGAGAACCUGAAGCAGAGGAGGAUGCAUCACGCCGUCACGGUGCUCGACGACAAACUGUACGUGACCGGAGGACGCUUCAUCAACGGACACGACGUCAUAGAGGACUCCGACAGCUUCGAGUGCUACGACCCGAAGACUGACGCGUGGACGACGAAGGGGACGUUGCCGUACAGGCUGUUUGACCACGGUUCUCUGUCCCUGGUGUGUGUCUCCAACAAAUCCAAGCCUCCCUGAGUGUGUGUUGUGGAGGCGUGUGUCCCCUUCAGAUGAUACUCUGCCCGACCAAGCAAAAAAAGACAUUAACUGCUCAUAGCGUGGAACUGAGAAAAAUACUUUUUAUUUACCUUGGUGUCACAGUAUCUUCAUGCAGUUACUGGCUAACAUGACCCCCCCAUUUUCUCCUGAACACAAUACAACCGAGGCAGGAUACUUGUCCACAUGAUUAAGAAUGUAUUUAAUGAAGCAAAACAUGACAUGAACUCAUUUUGGACCAAACGAGCAGUUACUGCCUUUUUGCAUGGAAGGGCAAUACUGUCUAUACAUAUGUUGCUGCUCGGAUGUGACUCUGACCGACACAGAUGUUGCAAAGAACAUCUCUGAUGUCAUUUCCUGUCCCGCAAAUUCCCUCAAUGGGUGACACUUUUUCCAGCAGCGAAUCUUAAAUCAAAUGAGAUAUUUUUUGAGAUUUUACUUGUCGUGUGGAACUGAAGCCCUGGGCAGUUAAUUGUUGUGUGGAACUGAAGCCCUGGGAGGUUAAUUGUUGUGUGGAACUGAAGCCCUGGGCAGUUAAUUGUUGUGUGGAACUGAAGCCCUGGACAGUUAAUUGUUGUGUGGAACUGAAGCCCUGGGAAGUUAAUUGUUGUGUGGAACUGAAGCCCUGGGCAGUUAAUUGUUGUGUGGAACUGAAGCCCUGGACAGUUAAUUGUUGUGUGGAACUGAAGCCCUGGGAAGUUAAUUGUUGUGUGGAACUGAAGCCCUGGGCAGUUAAUUGUUGUGUGGAACUGAAGCCCUGGGCAGUUAAUUGUUGUGUGGAACUGAAGGCUAUAGGUGUAUACAAGUACUGUAGACUAUAUGAAGGCUACACUACAUGAUGACCAACUUUUUAGUCCCCAGUCCAAACACACGUUACCAACAGACUGGAUGACAUUACUACCCACUGGGCAAAAACUGGUUGCAACAGUGUUGUUUCUACGUCAUUUCAACCCCAAAAGAAAUUCAAUCUUGAUAACGUUGAAUCAACGUGGAAAACUGGUUCUGUUUUUACACAACUUUUUAGCAUAAAUCCAACGAUAUGGUGAAAUGUUUUGUUGAAUUCACAUUGAUUUCACGUUGAAUUCACGUUGAUUUCACGUUGAAUUCACGUUGAUUUCACGUUGAAUUCACGUUGAUUUCACAUUGAUUUCACGUUGAUUUCACGUUGAUUUCACGUUGAAUUCACGUUAGUUAACAUCUGAAACCAAAUCAAAACUAGACGUUUGAACUGAUGUCUGUCCCCAGUGGGUUGGGUCCAGAGUUUUCUCUGGGCACAUCUUCGAGGAAAAACUCCAGUCACUACUCAUCACUGUACAAUACCAAACCCUAUGGCUGGCCAAACAUGAUGUGAGACAGUCGUCUCUGGUAACAGACUGUAGCUAGCCAGCGCACGCAAGAUUUGGUUCUGGGUUCUGAGAUGAAUGAGACAGCAAGGACGUUCCCUGUGUUAUACUGAGCAUCAUCACAAACCAAGGGUAGUGUGCCAACAUGAUUCAGUGACUGUUGUUUGAGAACACUGUAUACUGAGCGUACAAAACAUUAGGAACACUAUAUACUGAGCGUACAAAACAUUAGGAACACUAUAUACUGAGCAUUCAAAACAUUAGGAACACUGUAUACUGA